GUUGAUGGACGCAGCCGAUGCUUCUUCCCCGCCGCGACGCGCAGUCCCUGGCGGCGGCGAUCGAGCUCGCCGUGUCGACGCGGUCCGCCGCGCUGGGCCGCGCCGCCCACGCCGCCGCCGUUCGACUCCUCCCCUCGCCGCUCCCUUGCUUCCUCUCCAACCACCUCAUCAACCUCUACUCCAAGCUCGACCUCCCCUCCCCAGCCUCCUCCCUCCUCCUCCUCCACCCCUCCCCCUCCGUCGUCUCCUUCACCGCCCUCAUCUCCGGCGCCGCCCAGCACCACCGCCCCCUCCUUGCCCUCCGCCUCCUCCCCGCCAUGCUCCGCCGCUCCGUCCGCCCCAACCACUUCACCCUCCCCUGCGCCCUCAAAGCCUCCUCCUCCCCCCUCUCCCCACCCUCCUCGGGCCCCCAGAUCCACUCCCUCGCCCUCAGACUCGGCCUCCUCCCCGCCGACCCCUUCGUCGCCUCCGCCGCCCUCGACAUGUACCUCAAGACCGGCCGCCCCGCCGACGCCCGCAACCUGUUCGGCGAAAUGCCCCGCCCGAGCGCCGUCUCCUUCAACGCCGUCAUGACCAACGCCGUCCUCCACGGCCGCCCCGACGACGCUGUGCGCGCCUUCUUCGCCCUCCGCCGCGCCGGGGAGCGCCCCGACACCGUCUCGCUCUGCGCCUUCCUCAACGCCUGCGCCGGCGCCUCCUACGCCGACCUCGGCUCCCAGCUCCACGGCUUCGUGAGCCGGUACGGGUUCUGCGCCGACGUGUCUGUGCGCAACGCGCUCGUCGACUUCUACGGCAAGUGCCGUCGCACGCGCGACGCGCGCGGCGUGUUCGACGAGAUGCCCCUGAGGAACGUCGUUUCCUGGUGUUCCAUGAUCGUGGUCUACGCGCAGAACGGCGCCGAGGAGGACGCGUUUAAAUUGUACUUGAAAGCGCGGAGCGAAGGAGUGGAGCCUACCGACUACAUGGUUUCUAGUGUCUUGACCACUUGCUCCGGCCUAUCGGGCCUCGACCUCGGCCGCUCCGUCCAUGCGGUGGCCUUUCGCGCCUGCAUUGAUGCCAACAUCUUCGUUGCAAGCUCCCUCGUCGACAUGUAUGGGAAGUGCGGGAGCGUAGAAGAUGCAGAAAAGGCGUUUGACGAAAUGCCGGAGAGGAAUCUGGUCUCGUGGAAUGCCAUGAUCGGCGGGUACGCGCAGCACGGGCGUGCCGACGCGGCGCUCGCCUUGUUCGACGAGAUGGUGGCGAGCGGAGAGGUUGCGCCCAAUUUUGUGACGUUGGUUAGCGUGAUCACCGCGUGCAGUAGGGGAGGGUACACUGACGAAGGCCUAGAGUUGUUUGAGAAGAUGAAGGAGAGGUUUGGGAUUGAGCCGCGGACUGAGCACUAUGCUUGUGUGGUGGACUUGCUUGGGCGUGCGGGGAUGGAGGAGAGGGCGUAUGAGUUCAUAAAGGAGAUGCCGAUCCCCCCGUCCAUCUCUGUCUGGGGGGCGCUUCUUGGGUCUUGUAAGAUGCACAGGAAGACGGAGUUGGGGAGGAUCGCAGCAGAGAAGUUGUUUGAGCUCGACCCGCAAGAUUCCGGCAAUCAUGUGCUUCUCUCCAACAUGUUUGCCUCGGCAGGAAGGUGGGACGAAGCAAUAGAGGUGAGGAAGGAGAUGAAGGACGUCGGGAUCAAGAAAGGCCCCGGCUGCAGCUGGAUCACGUGGAAGAACGAGGUCCACGUGUUCCAGGCCAAGGACACGACGCACGAGCGGAGCAUGGAGAUCCAAGCCAUGCUGGCGAAGCUACGUACAGAGAUGGAGGCGGCCGGAUACAAACCCGACACUGGUUACGCGCUCUACGAUCUCGAAGAGGAGGAGAAGGAGACCGAGGUGAUCCAACACAGCGAGAAGCUCGCGCUCGCAUUCGGGCUCCUGUGCAUCCCUCCAGGGAUACCUAUCAGGAUCACGAAGAACCUUCGCGUUUGUGGGGAUUGCCAUCGCGCAUUUAAGUUCAUUUCGGGUAUUCUAGGGAGGGAGAUUAUUGUUAGGGAUAAUAAUAGGUUUCAUCAUUUUAGGGACUAUGGGUGCUCCUGCAUGGAUUAUUGGUAAAAAGUUCUUUUUGAUGAUAUUUUUGGUAGGUGAUGAUGUAUUUGCAUUCGUUUUUGUAUCACUAGGGUUUAUGUAAUAGUAAUCCUUGUGGUCCUCGCUUUAUUGAAUAAGAAAAUGACAAGCCUUUAUCAUAAUCAUACAUCAUACUUUUUAGAGAAUUAUAAGAGUUUUAAAGCA